CAGGUUGUGUUUAGAAGAAUGCUUUUCUAUUUGAGGGUCCCCAGGAGGGGCUACCCUAGCUUUUUGCCAUGGUGACAUGAUGUCUGCCGAAGAUGAUGUGGAGCUGCCGCCAAAUGCAUUUUCACGCACAGAGAAGUUAUCCUCGUCCUUACCCAGCCAAUCGGUGGUGAAAUUCUUCGUGACGAAAGCUGCCAGAUCCUACUUGAUGCCAUGGGUCGUCCACCGGGAGAGCAAUGUCACAGGUAGUGGCUUUGUCAUCGAGGGACGACUUCUCAUGACCAACGCGCACGUCAUCGAAGAUGCCAUGGUCGUAGAGGUUAAGAAACACGACUUGCCCAAGAAGUUUCGUGCCCGUGUGGUUUGUAUUGGUCAUGAUGUGGAUUUGGCUUUGGUAGAGGUGGAUGAUGAACGAUUUUGGUGUCAUCCAAAUCCCCUGCUGCCGGUGUCCUUCAGUGACCGCCACGCCUUUGCCGAGCUCUAUAGCGAGGUCAGAGCGGUUGGAUUUCCCACAGGCGGCAGCACCAUUUGUGUCAGCAAAGGUGUGGUCUCACGGGUGGAUGCACAGAUCUAUGUGCAUUCCAGAUCCAAAGGAGUGGCUCAGGAUACCCUGAACAGCCCAGGGCGUUUGCCCAUCAUCCAAAUCGAUGCGGCCAUCAAUCCGGGCAACUCUGGUGGGCCUACCUUUGAUAUCACGAACAAUGUGAUUGGUGUGGCCUCCUCAGGCCUACCCAAGGCGCAGAAUGUGGGGUACAUCAUUCCAACCAAGAUUGCCAUGGUUUUCCUGAAUGAAUAUUUCAGCAGUGGUACUUGGAGUGGAAUCUGUGAGACUGGGCUCGAGACCAUGCCACUGGAGAAUGACGCCAUGCGGGAAUACCUCCAUAUGGGCCAGCGGACAGGGGUGCGCGUGGUGUCGGUUGCUCCUUUGGGUGCUGCGCAGGGAAAGCUCCAACCAGGUGAUAUCUUAGUCGAGGUGGAUGGUCUCCACGUGAGCAACGAGCACACAGUGCCGGUGGAGCUGGGCGAGCAGAAGGUGGAUCUGGACUAUGGUGUUCUCAUCAGUCAGAAGCAGAAGGGUGAGCUCACGAAAGUGAAGGUGCUUAGAGAUGGGAAGGAGCUUGAGCAGGAGAUCACCUUCGCACCCAUCCCGCCUUUGGCACGUCGCUUUGACCGCUACGAUAGCGCUCCCAGGUAUUUACUGGUGGGCGGCCUGGUCUUCUCGGUCAUGUCCUUGCCGCUCUUCAACGAGUUCUGCGAGCUCCGAAGGGAAGACAGACGCCUCAAUGUGACUACGACGACUUACUUUGCGGCUGUGAAGAAAUGGAAAGACAGGCCAGAGCAGGAAGUAAUCAUUCUCCUUCGAACCUUGAAGCAUCCGGUCAACUUGGGUUACAAUUUCUGCUGCACGCGCAUUCUGAGUCGCUUCAAUGGAAAGGCCAUGGAAUCGUUGGCCCAGCUGGCGGAGGAGGUCUCCAAGGCUUUGGACACUCCGGAAGACUUCCUCCGCUUUGGCUUUGAGGAUGAUCCAGAGGAGUUCGACAGCAUGGUUCUGAAAGCGGACGGGAUACGCAAGGCGGAUCUGGAGCUUUGCAAGAAUCACCGGAUUUCUCAGCCGUCCGUCUUGGAGGAUCACUAGGCCGGGCAAAUCGACCGAAUGACUCCUCCGAGAGAUCGGAGAGCGCUGGCCGACUGGGUGUGUCAAGAAGGCAGACCCAGCGGGUUCAUCACUAGGAACAAAUCAUUUCGGAUUUUUUUCGGCCCACGACACCAUGGCAGAUCGGAUGUUUGGAUCUGUUGAAGCUGUGCAUC